CUUGACAGGCAGUCCAACACCAAACACGUACGAGUGCGGGUGUUACGCUCCCUGGAUCCACGCGUGACGUUCCCCAUUAUAAAACCCCGACUAAUCACCAUUUUGAGUGCAUUUUGAAGCAUAUGAGUCACCGUGAACCCUCCGGUGCCACGUGACGGCUGCCCGCUGCCAACAUGCCGCUCUUCAAGGCACGGAAGGCGGGAGGCAUGACUGAUGACACCCACACCCACCACCCCGCCAAUGGACACACGGACACCACACCCACCCCGGAGCCCACUGUGACCCGGCCCAAGCUCGUCUUUCACUGCCAGCAAGCCCAGGGGUCGCCCACGGGGAUCAUCUCGGGGUUUACCAACGUGAAGGAGCUGUAUCAGAAGAUCGCGGAGUGUUACGAUAUUCCCACCGAGGAUAUCCUGUUUUGCACGCUCAACACCCAUAAGGUCGACAUGGGCAAGCUACUCGGGGGGCAAAUCGGCCUUGAUGACUUCAUAUUCGCCCACAGGAAAGGUCGGCCCAAGGAAGUGGAGAUCACCAAAACGGAGGACGCGCUGGGGCUCACCAUCACGGACAACGGUGCCGGGUACGCCUUCAUCAAGAGGAUCAAGGAGGGCUCAGUCAUCGAUAGGAUCAAGCACAUAGAGGUAGGCGACCACAUAGAGAAGAUUGACGGCAAGCCACUGGUGGGCCACAGACACUACGAGGUGGCCAAGAUGCUCAAGGAGAUACCCAGAGGAACCACCUUUGUCAUGCGCCUCGUCGAACCCCUCAAGGCCGGCUUUGCAAACAUUGGGCCACGGUCAGACCCCAGGGCGUCGGGCAAGAAGGGUUAUGGCAGCGGCAAGCAGACACUCCGCUUCAAGGCCAACGGGCAGGCGGAAGUGGAGGAUGCGCCGGAUGACCUGAGCACCUACGCGACGGAGAAGAUCAACGCGCUCCUCGAGAACUUCAUGGGCAUCAACGACAAUGAUCUGGCCGUCCAGAUCUGGGAGUUGGGACAGACAAAGCAGAACACGAUGGAGUUUGCCGAGGCCGUUGACGAUUCCGACCUGGAGGCAUUUGGAUUCACCGACGACUUCAUCUUUGAGCUCUGGGGGGCCAUCACCGACGCCAAGGCUGGCAGGCUGAAGAAGUAAGGGUGGCAGCAGCAGCAGCAGAAAAAAGGGUAGACUUCUGGAAAGUUUAUUGAGCCAAGAAGUAAGAGUAGGAGCUGGAAAUGAGUGAGAAGCUUAAGGGAUGUAAAGUGCUCAUGGUAAGGGAAAUGAAGACGUUGAACUAGUGCUGAAAAUAUAAGAACAUGUACUGGAAGAGGAACAGAAGUUGAAGGCUUGAGAAGUUUUAAUUUUAAGGCAGGGAAAUGAUAAUCUAAUGAAGGAGAUUUAGAAAUAACAAAAGGCAGCUUCAGGAAGAGGAGAGAGUAGAUGGCGUGAAGAAAAUUGCAAGAGGAAAGCAGGAUCACUUAGAUUAAGACAGGAGGCAAAGAACUCUGGGAUGAAACUUGAAUAUACUACAUGAAAAGGCUGCUAAAGGUAGGAAGUAGGUGUGAAUGCUAAACAGGAGAGGCAGACUGAAAAUAAGAAGCCAUCUCAAUAAAAAAAUCUUCUUUCUCUGUACAUCCAUUCCCUUUUUAUUUACCAUCUGAAGUAAAUAUAAGGAGAAACAUCCUGACAAAUGUAUAUAUGAAAAGGGGAAAGCCUGCGACCCCAUCCUGCCUCUGUGGGUAACGUUGCCCUUGGUUGUGAUAAUGGCGAACAGGCAGAAGAAUAGUGCCAGAUUUUUUAAGCAUCGUACUAGUAUUUAUUAAUUGUGAUGCGGCUAGUCUGGCUUUUUAGCCCCCUACAAAAAGACAUCAUCAUUCAUCAAGCUACAGGAAUUAAACAAAAAGUGGCUGCUGCAAUUCAAUGAAGAAAAAUGUAAAGUCAGCACCUCGGGAGGGGGACAUCCAGCAUACCAAUACCACAUGGGAAACACUCCACUAUCCACCACAGAGGCAGAGAAAGACCUGGGAGUAUAUGUUACCAGGCUACCAGAUAAAGCUAAAUCCGUGCCAAUCACAGCGGACGGGUUACUGCCAAUUUUUGGAUGGAGUUAGCUGGAAGUGUUGGAUUUUCACAGAGUUAAGUUGGCAUGUUACAAACUCGUUCAUAAAAAAGUGAUAUAAAAGAUUAACAAAACCAACUCACCAUGCCUUGAGAAACUGGUCAAAAAGGACAUAGCAGUCACAAUAUUGUUGAUGAAGACUUAUACGACGCUUUAAAAAUCAGGCAUAAGUCCAGUAGCUUAGCGUAAGGGUAAAUAAGGGCCUGGAAAGUAAGGGUAACUGUUCUAUGGCAUAUACUACAACUCCUAAUCAAGGGUAUGGCUUAGAAAUGCUCUCAUGAGUCAUCAAAGAAAACGAAUUAACUGAAUCACUAACUUAAGGUAGAGUAAGAAGUAUAGACUGCAGGAUGGAUGUCAGGAGGUACAGAGAAGGAUGAGGUAAAGAAAAUUGGAAAAUAAUGAAGGAAAGCAGAUAAUUAACAGCCUUAGCCUUCCUUAUAUUCCUUCAGGCAGCAAUUGUGUUAUUACUCUUUAUUUAAUUUUUCCUUUUUUCAUUGACCAAGUAUACACAUGUAUUUCUUUCCGUGAGGUUUGUAAAUGUCGAAAAUAUAUCGUAUGAGUAAUCACUACAAAAAGAAAAAUCUGCAAGAACUGUCAUUUAGCGGUUCCUUCUAAUUAUACGCAUGUCUUUUUUUUUUUUAAGUAUAGUAUUGUGAUGUUUCCAAAGAGGAUUGCCAGGAAGGGCCGGUGAUGUGUUGAUUUAGCCGAUGUUUAACCUGAAAAUGUGAGAUAAUUGUGAACACAGAUACAAGUUAUUUUGUUUCUGAAAUUGUGAAAAAUUCUGAGAUGUGACAAAAAAAUAGAAAUCUUACAGAAA